CUCCUUCUACACAAAAUGGCCAAAGAGUGGGGUAACCAAGGCUCCGUAAAGGUGCGUCGUCAGAAUGAAUACAGCCGACUGAUUAAAUUUGCUGCCGUCCUGCUCACGACAGUCUUUCUGUUCCGCAAUUACAUCACCGAAACGCUCGCAGCCCACUGGACGCAGAACCCUACCAAGUUCGAGGCGAAAUGCCCCCAAGUCGAACCUCUCUAUCCAUCGCAAAGCACAAAAGAGCUUGUUGAUCUAGAAGAAUAUCUCACAUCCGAUGAAUUCCGCAACAAGUCCAUCGAAAAGCUGGCUGGCGCCGUCCGUAUUGCAACACAGUCUUUCGACGAUAUCGGACCUGUAGGCGAGGAUCCUCGAUGGGAUAUCUUCUACUCGUUUGCGGACUAUCUCAGUUCUACCUUUCCUUUGGUCCAUUCUUCGUUACAGUUGGAGAAGGUCAACACGCACGGAUUGUUGUUCACGUGGCCGGGUACUGAUCCCAAUCUGAAGCCGACUGUGCUCAUGGCUCAUCAGGAUGUUGUUCCCGUCCCAGAUAGUACCGUUGAGCAAUGGACACAUCCACCGUUCAGUGGCUACUACGACGGAAAAUUCAUCUGGGGAAGAGGCAGUAGUGACUGCAAGAAUCAGCUCAUUGCUGCUUUGGAGGCCAUUGAAUCACUCAUAGAAGCCGGAUAUAUCCCAAAACGAACAGUGAUUCUGUCUUUUGGAUUUGACGAAGAGAUCUCAGGACACCGAGGUGCAGGCCACUUAGCGGAAGUCUUGGUCAAGAGAUAUGGCCGCCACGGUGUUGCAGUCAUCGUAGACGAAGGCAUGUCUGUGAUUGAUAAUUGGGGGCAGGUCUGGGCUGUUCCCGGCGUAGGAGAGAAGGGGUAUGUUGAUGUAGAAGUCACGGUGCGCAUGCCCGGGGGGCAUUCCAGCAUUCCACCCGAGCACAACGGAAUCGGGGUUGCUGGUGAACUUAUCACUCUCAUCGAAGCAAACCCCUACGAUCCCUAUCUGGAUGAGACAAACCCCUACCUCUCCCUGCUUCACUGCGGCGCGGAACACGCACCCUCAUUUCCAAACAAGCUCAAAAAGCUUCUGGACAAGCGGGACCGCCAAUCAACAUGCACAAAGAAGCACGGGAAAGACGACUUAGCCCUCGAAGCAGCUAAACUCGGACCAGCGAUAAAGUAUCUAUUUACGACCUCCGUAGCUAUCGACCUGAUAAGUGGCGGCGCAAAAGCAAAUGCACUUCCCGAAAGAACGCAAUUCACGGUCAAUCAUCGCAUCAACGUCGGCUCAGAUUCCAAGGCUGUGUUUACCCACAUUACCGCACUCGCGGCACAAGUGGCAAAGAAACAUGAUCUAGCCCUGAUACCAUUCAAUGGCACCGAGACCCCAUCUUCUAUCACAUUAUCCGUAUACAAAAUACUCGAGCCAGCGCCUACAACGCCGACAUUUGAACCGCGUCUUACACCAUUUGAUGUUCUCUCUGGCACGUCGCGUGCGAUCUACUCAAACGAAUUGCUUGUUGCUCCGGGCAUCAUGACUGGCAAUACAGAUACACACUACUACUGGAACGUGAGCGAGCACAUUUUCCGUUAUGGUGUCGGAUGGGAUAAAGAGCAAGUUGGGCUGGGAGACAUCCACACGGUCAAUGAGAGAAUCGGCGUUCAGGGUCACGUCGAUGGUGUCAGGUGGUUCGUACAAUUUGUAAGGAAUAUGGACGAAGCAGAGUUGUGA